CUUUGAUGCUGGCAUGGCCGGUCUUGAUUUAGGCACUGCUUCUCGCUACGUUCACCAGCUUCACAGACCCGACCUUCACCUCCAACACCAACCUGAACCUGAAGACCACGAAGCUUCGCACAACCGUGUUGGUGGUGGAGGAGGUGGUUCUCAGUAUGGCUCAGCUGACCAUCAACAAGACGAUGGCUCUCACCAUGCUCUGGACCUAGUCAACGCAGGCAACUCAGGCCCAGGUGACCUUGUAGCCCGCAGGCCAAGAGGCCGUCCUCCAGGUUCCAAAAACAAACCGAAGCCUCCAGUCAUCAUCACAAGGGAGAGUGCAAACACGCUCCGAGCUCACAUUCUUGAAGUUGGGAACGGCUGCGAUGUGUUUGACUGUGUUGCGAACUACGCUCGGAGAAGGCAAAGAGGAAUCUGUAUACUGAGUGGGAGUGGUACGGUGACCAACGUGAGCAUUAGGCAACCGGCUGCAGCUGGAGCUAUAGUUACUCUUCAUGGCAGAUUUGAAAUAUUAUCACUUUCAGGUUCAUUUUUGCCACCACCAGCUCCUCCAGGUGCCACCAGUUUGACAAUCUUUUUGGCUGGUGGACAAGGCCAGGUUGUAGGAGGAAGUGUGGUUGGGGAACUGAUGGCGGCAGGACCCGUUAUUGUCAUAGCUGCAUCCUUUACAAAUGUAGCCUACGAGAGGCUGCCCUUGGAUGAAGAUGAACAGUUGCAGAUGCAAAGUGGAGGCGGCGGCAGCGGAGGUGGAGGAGGAAAUAACAUGUUUGCUGAUGGGGGAGCUGGCGCAGGGGGGUUGCCUUUCUUCAAUUUGCCGCUCAAUAUGCCUCCCAAUGUCCAGUUACCGGUUGAAGGAUGGCCAGGAAACUCAGGUGGUAGGCCUCCGUUUUGAGAGAUUUGGGUGGAAUGUGAUCUAUGGAUGGAAAAUUCAAGCUCUGUUGAGAAGCAGUUUGCAUUGAUGGAAACGGGAUUCUUGGAUCAUAAAGGUCAGGAAAUUUAUGGACUAGUUAUCGUCAUCAUCAUCAUGAUCAUGCUUCUUCUUCCUCUUCCACUUCCACUUCUUCUGAUGUUGAUGUUAAUUUUAGGGUUUUUUUUUCUUUAAUCCUUGUUUUAGUUCUUCUUUUUCUUCUUUCUUUCCUUUUUUUUUUGGAUUUUUCGACUCUAUGAUUUCUGGAAAUAGUCCCUCCUGUUCAU